UUAUGUGUGUGCCAGAAAAUCUGAACUGGAAGGAGAAAUUGUGGCAGGGAAUUUGCAGCUUUCGUUUCCAGUUCUCAUUCAGCAUUCCUGCAGAGAAGUGUUCAUUGAGUGCUACAACCCUGAAGGUGUCAUCCAGCCAGCCAGCCAGCCAGCACAGCUCUGAAUUCAGCACAAGAAAGAUGACUGCUUUGAAUUACUAAAUGGAAUUUUUGAUUAUCAGCAGCAUUGCUGCCAGUGUUGGGUACAGAUGAAGAGUCUGGUGGAACGCAGGAAGGUGGGCCCGCUUCUGGCUGCUGCUGUGCCAUGUAGGAACUGCAGAGGUCUGCAGCUGGUGCACCAGGCAGCUGAAGGGUCGGCCCAUUUGGGCACGUGGCGCUGAAGAGCACGGAUCUCCAGUAGGUCUCCCAUCCGGGAGCUGAUGGACAGGGAGAAGAGCAGGCUGAGGGCUGAGCUCUGUGGUGAGAACAGGAGCAGCUGCGACCAAAUACAUGCAGUGGACAGCCCUGGGGCUAAUGGAGAGGCAGAGGGCAUGGAGCAAGGGCAUGGCCACUGUCCUGGCUGCCCUGCUCUCUUCCUUCCUGCAAGUUGCCAGGGUGGGAGCCCUGCACGGUUCUCCAGUGACAGAGAAUGGCAGCUGGGCUGCUGAGGAAGCAGAGGGCAAUGCGUCCACGGAGCACACGUUUUUCUCUCUGGAUUAUCAGCAUGUCCAAGUCCCCUUCGAAAUCACGCUGUGGAUCAUGCUUGCAUCCUUGGCCAAAAUAGCAUUUCACCUAUACAACAAGCUGCCUUCUGUGGUCCCAGAAAGCUGUUUAUUGAUAUUUGUGGGACUCAUCAUGGGGGGCAUCAUCUACGGCCUGAACGACAAGUCACCUCCUGUCAUGGACAGCGAUAUCUUCUUCCUCUACCUGCUGCCACCCAUCGUCCUUGACGCAGGGUACUUCAUGCCCAGCCGCCCUUUUUUUGAGAACAUCGGCACCAUUCUCCUCUACGCGGUGGUGGGGACAAUAUGGAACGUGUUUGGGAUCGGCUUUUCGCUCUAUGGCAUCUGCCAAGUGAGAGCUUUUGGGCUGCGGGACGUGUCGCUGCUCCACAACCUGCUCUUUGGCAGCCUGAUUGCAGCGGUUGACCCCGUGGCCGUGCUGGCAGUGUUUGAGGAGAUCCACGUCAACGAGAAGCUGCACAUCCUGGUCUUUGGCGAGUCGCUCCUGAAUGACGCGGUGACCGUGGUGCUCUACAAGCUAUUUCGAUCAUUCUGUGAAAUGCCAGCCAUCAAAACGGUGGAUGUGUUCGCCGGAGUUGGAAAAUUCUUUGUGGUUGGGAUUGGGGGAGUGUUGGUAGGUCUUACCUUUGGGAUGACCUCUGCCUUUACCACGCGAUUCACCAAGGACAUCCGUGUCAUCGAGCCGCUCUUUGUCUUCCUGUACAGUUACCUUUCCUACCUCACCGCAGAGAUGUUUCACCUCUCUGGCAUUGUGGCCAUCAUUGCUUGUGCCAUGGGCAUGAAACGUUAUGUGGAGGCCAACAUCUCUCUGAAGUCUCACACCACGGUCAAAUACUUCAUGAAGAUGUGGAGCAGUGUUAGUGAUACCCUCAUCUUCAUCUUUCUUGGAGUGUCUACCAUUGGAGAAAAUCACGAGUGGAACUGGCCAUAUAUUUUCUUCACUGUUGUUUUCUGUCUGAUUUGGAGAGCACUAGGGGUUCUGGUGCUGACCUUCUUUGUGAACAGAUUUCACGUGAACACUGUCACCAGUAAGGACCAAUUCAUCAUUGCCUACGGGGGGCUCCGUGGUGCCAUUUGCUUCUCUUUGGUCUUCUUGCUUCCUGACUUCCGCAGAAAGAAGCUCUUCAUUGCAGCAACCACUGUGGUGAUCCUCUUCACUGUGUUUGCACAGGGAAUGACCAUUCGCCCUCUUGUAGACUUGUUGCAUGUCAAGAGGAAAAGAGAGAGUGCUCCCACGGUGGGUGAGCAGAUUCACAUUCGGUUCUUGGAUCACUUGCUGGCUGGCAUAGAAGAUAUAUCUGGACACUGGGGACAGUAUUACUGGAAAGACAAGUUGGAGUAUUUCAACAGCAAAUAUCUGCAGAAGUACCUGCUCCGAGAAUACGACCAGCCCAAAUCAAGCAUUGUGCUUCUCUACGAAAAGCUGGAGCGGAAGCACGCCAUCGAGCUGGCAGAAGCAGGGCAGCUGGGCCAUGCCCCAUCCCACCCAUCCUUGCUUAACAGUGAAAGGACUGUCAUCAGAGAGAAGAAAUCAGAGGAUGCUCUGUGUCCGGAUGGUCUGGAAGACAUACAGGAAAUACUGGCAAGGAACUUGUACCGAAUCCGGAGAACGGGCCCUGCGUACAGCAGGCACACGCUGCCCGGCGAGACAGAGCCUGUGGAGCAGGCCCAGGAGAUCCUGAUCCUGCAGCGCCGGAGCCUGCGGCUGGAUGCGAGUGGGAGCGAUGGGAUCAGCCCCAGGAAGGAGAAGGAGGGCUCUUCCCCGGUGCGGGGUGACUCCGAUGUGCAGCCCCGGCUGUGCCGCUCCCUCACUGUGGAGGAUGAAGAGAAGGUUCGGGCUGUGAAGCAGAACCGGUCGCAGUCUGUGUGUGUGAUCCCUGCCUGCAGCAAACAGGAAGGAGCAGGGAAAGAUAUGACUUCGGAUAUGUGAUGCUGCUGGCUGCAUCUCACUGCUUUGCAGAGGUGAGGAACACAUCCAUGGGGUUGAGCUGAGGAGGAAGAUACUCACUGGAGAGGCGCUCUGACCUUGCAAACUCCACAGCUGAAGAAUUUGGAAAAUGUUUGGCUGGGCACAGAGCAGCCCAUCGGGAGCCAGGGCUGGGCAUGGUGAUGCUCUGCUGCAGCCACACAACGUUUUGCUGCCAAUGGGACUGAGAAUUGCACAGGAUGCCUUCCAAAUGGCAAACCAUGCUAACGUGCAAACAUGCAUUAGCAUAAACGCAGCACUGCCAAAUACAGCUAGCUAAAAAGCACACACCUAAAUGUGGAAGUGUGCAUUAAUUCCCCCCCUUCUUUCCUUUUCUUACUUUCUUUCUUUUUUUUUUUUUGAAUAUGCAAGUGCCCACUUUGUGUUGUAAUUCCAUGUGGUUGCACUGCGAUCUGCGAGCAGUCCUCGCUGCUGGUAUGUCAUGCUGUGGUUUCAUGGGGCACCCUCAGGCAGAACGUCCCCACUGAUGGACUCAGCUCUGACCUACGCAUCACAAAAAUAGAGGGCAACCGAUUUUCUUGGCCACUCCAGCCAGGUUUCACUGGUAUUCCAUGUUUGUUAAAUGGAAACCAAUUGAAAUUGCACUUAUUGGAGAUUAAUUAGGUGAUAGAUAUAUUGCACUUUGUAUUUAAUUAACCGUUUUGUGUUCAAUAGAAGGAGGUCACUUUGCUGCAGUAGUUGUGUACCACUAACCCACUGUGACAGUGAGGAAGAGAGAACUGCUGUAUUAUUUAACAGCCACACCAGCCUGUGAUAUUUAAGAAACAGCAAUACGGAAGGUAUAAUCGCUUAUUGUAAUUUGAAGUUCUUUAUACUCAGGUUCAUCAGUCCACGUGCACUGGCAGUUGCUUGAAAGUAUAGUCAGAAUUUCACCCAACUCUCUCCAGUUCCCUCAGCUGUGGGCAGCUUCUCUGCUAUACCCACAUGUGCACAGUUGCCUUCAUUACACUGGUUUAGAAAUUAAUUUGGCAAUUUGGUUGAGGAAGUCAGCGUUUUCCUCUAUCCUCCUUUUAGGUGGGUCAUGGCUAAGGCUGAGGUCUGAAAAUCAGCACUUGAAUUUUCACUGUAGUUUAAAUUUCCUCCCCUAGGCUGCUGGCAUGCCACAGGAAUAUAGUUAUUGCCCUACAGAAAUUGCAGUUUUACUGGUCUGGCAUCCUGUUGCUGGCAGUGAUCUACAGCAGAUGCUCCAGCAGCAGACAAAAGCAUUGGAAGCCAAAUGGCAACAGAAUUCUGCGCAGGGUUGUCCUCAUGCCCCAGGAGACACUGGAAGGGGACUGAGUGCCAUAUACUGCCUGCCUUUGUGCAGCAGUAGGGAGAUCCCCAUUCCAGGUGUGUAGGAAGGAUGUGCAGGUGCUGACAGCUGAGCUCUGUGCCUUGCUGGAUGCGGACAUGCUGAUGUAACUGUGUGUGUGUGGGAUGAUCGCAUUGCUCUGAGAGCACCGGGGUUUUGAGAGGGUCACCAAUAUUUUAAUGCAUCACUUGGACCCCCGGGGUUUGUAUGGGCUUUAUUCUGCACGGUGCUUUGGCAGACACAACUGAAGAUAGCGCAGAGCCAUGGGCUCUGGAAUGGUGAUAUCUGUGGGCUCAGGUUUGCUCGUCCCAUGCACAGCAUGCUUUAAGCUCUCUCUCAGCACCACGAGUGCCCAUGACCCGUGCUCGCUGCUCACCGCGCUGAAGUGAGCAGCCACGUGUUUUUUUGGAAGCUGUCCUUC